AUGUCCCGCGAGGGCGCCUCGACGGUGGCGCUGGGGGAGGUGGACAACGCCUACUACAACGGCCCAUCCGUGGGCACGGUGGAGGAGCUGCGGGGAGCUAUCCAUGACCCCAGCCUGUGGAGCGUGGAGAACGCGCGCCCCGAGGACAGGCGGAUCCUGAGCUUCACCAUCUCCAGCGGCAGCAACACCACCAUGUCUGAGACCAUGACCACGACCUUCGGGAACUCCACGAUGAUGACCACCACGGCCACCACUACCUUCGAGACCACCACCCCCAUGGAAACGACCACCAUGGCACCGACCACCACCAUGGCGCCGACCACCACGACCAUGGCGCCGACCACCACCACUGCCGCGGUGGGCGAAAGCAACUCCGGCUUCCGGAUGGCUUCGGCCGGGCUGGCGGGGCUUCUGCUUGCUGACAAUGCGUACCGCAUCUCCACGGAUGGCAGCUUCGACCGCGGCCACUGGAACACGGUCCUCGGCGACCAGGAAAUCCCGCAGUCGGGGAGGUCCUACUGGGAGGUGAAGAUCGUGAAGAAGCCCACGGAUGCUUUUGAGUACAUAGGUGUUGCCGAGCCCACCGCAGACGUGACCAUGCCCUUGAUCAAGAACCGCAAGGGCAAAGGCUGGUUCUGGGGCAGCGACUGGCACGAAUCCUGGGUCUACACCUUCAUGGAGAUGAAGCCGGGCAUGAAUGACAAGAAGAUGGAGACUCACAAGAACAUUGCCGACGGAGCGGUCAAGCUGGGGCUGUUUGACAAGAAGGUCUUGGAUGAUCAGUGGUACCGCAACAUCAAGGACUUGUGGACUGGCCCCGGCACUCACGUGGGCAUGCUGGCGGAUGACUACUGGCCGCCUUUCCAGAAAGGCACGGUGGUGGGCAUCGACGUCGACAUGGACGAUGGCUCCUUGGCCUUCUGGGGCAACGGCCAGUUCCUGGGCGUCGUCAAGGACAACGAGGGGAAGCCCGUGAACCUCAAGGGCAAGAAAGUGGUGCCGGCGAUGAGCGUGUACGGGAGGAACACGGGAGCGGUGAAGCAGAACACCAUCAUGGAGAUCCGCACUGGCCUAGAUGCGCCGUCACGGCCCGGCAAAUGA